AUGAUGCAUCACACGUCACACUUAUCACGACUAUGGCAACCAUUUCUCUUGCAGGUUGUCCUGUUGCUGUAUGCGAUGCCAGCGGACGUGCAGAACCCAGUCGCACUCAUCGUUUUCCAGUUGCCGGAUGAUGAUCGCGACGGGCGCGCUCAGGCCGCCACAGCAGCUUGCACUUCCGCGACAGACAGCGAAGAGCAGAACGCCUUCCUGCAGACGCCAGGACACGAUCAUGGUGCAACGAUGUCAUUGAUGACGAGCUUGAUCACGACGAACCCGGAAGCCGCGGUUUUGGUCCCUGUCAGCGCCACCGGCGAGAUGGACAUGCCAACCACCGUACCUGUUGUGGCGACUGCCGGCGCCGACGACGAAUGGGAUAUUUGCAAAGCUGCUGUUGCUGGCUUCCUGCGUGACAGGGGCGGGAACAUGCACAUCACGAAGGACUGGGCACUCGACGGAUCCCUUUCUCUCCAGAAGGUUGUCCUGCUGAACCUUGUGCGGCUGCGGGAGCUGCAGAUCGAGUACUGCCCGCUGCUUCGCAAGUCAGAAGACCUGGCGUUGUCUUAUGAGGUCAUUCUGGCCACAGGUCACCUGCUCAAGUGCCAGUGCUAUGCGUACCGGGCCAUUCACUUGGAGCGGGGUGGUGCGGAGGAGGUGCGCAGGGAGUGCCGCGGCGGCAGCUCCAGCGAGCCAAGUCGUCUGCUGCUGGGAGGGCGCUCGGCGCUCCCAGCGCUGCCGACGCCAAGGCAGAGGGCCACUGUGGAGGCCCUGCUUACCUGGAUGGCACGCUCUAGGAGUGGGUUGGUAGAUCACCACGGGGACUUCAACGAUGGUGCGGAGGAGGCGUCAGAAGCUCUCUUGGACACGAAUGGCACAAUGCAGAAGCCAUGUCAGGAGACGCAAGGCGAGUCGGGGCCCGAAGCCCAGAAGGCGUGCGGCGUGCAGCCUUCCGAUGCCGGCGCCCUAAAGUCUGGGCCCGUGGGCUGGCUCCGGAAGCUGCCGAAAGGAGAGGAGAAUCCCCCUCCCACGAAGCGCCGCAGAACCUGA